AUGCAGUUAAUAGGCUUACUGUUACCUAUUGUAUUUGCCGCUGAUACUUUAAAUCUACUUCAGCGUGAAAACGAGCAACUCCGCAACGCAAACUCCAUUCUACACAAGCAGCUAGUACAGCUUGCCCAAGUUUCUGAUUCAUCAGAUCUCAUUGAAGCAGAUUUUGCUUACAACAAAGCCAAAAUCCAAGCAAUUUUAGAUGGCUACUGGGCUGAAAGUGAUGAAGCUGUUAGACUUGCUUUAGCAGAAGAAAUAGAAAAUUAUUUAAAAUCUUUAGUAGAAGACUUGAAUUUAAUGGGUGGAUUCAGUGAAGGAAUCCAGUCAGCUGAUCUUGAAGACCUUAUCGUGGCACUUUCAAGCUACAUUGAAAGCACAAAAGAAGCUUUAGAACACGAAGAAUUCAAUAAAGCUUAUAGUGACCUUAAACUUGCACUGGAUAGAAAAGAAGAAACUCUUAGGAAGUUGCAGUUAGAAAAUGCGAAAUUGACAGGAAAGUUAGACUCAGUCCAAGCUGAGCUAGAACAGACCUCUCAGCAGUAUGAACACGAUAAAAUAAAGCUAGAUGACGUUAAAAAUGAGCUAGAUGAAGUAAGAAAAGACCAAGAAGCUAGGCUUGAAACUUUGAAACAGACAAUGAAAAGUGAGGAACAAGUUUCCAGAACCAAAGAAAUCAAUGAUUUCAAAAUAAUUCAAGAAUCAAACGACAAUUUAAUAGCUCAGCUUCAAGACCAAAGUGCUGAGCAGUCAUUGAAAAUUGAGCAGCUAAGUGUUGAUAAAUCCAAUUUAAUAGCAAAAUUAAGGCUACUCAAUAACACUAUUGAUAGGAUGGAAAGCGAGCUGCAAGCGAGAUCAGCCCAGCUUAAAGCUGCAGAAGAGAAAUUCGAAGAAUUCAGAAAACAAGUCGAGUAUGACACUAAUGAUGAAAUAAAAUCUUUAAGGAACUCUGAGCAAGCUCUUAAAAAAGAGGCUAAAGAUCUCCAAGAAAAACAAAUAGAGCUUCUUGAAAGCAUCACAAACUGCACAAAAGAACUCGACCAUUUGCAGCUAUUAAAAAGACAAAAAGAUAAUAAAAUUAAAGAGCUAGAACUUGAGCUAUCAGAAGCAGAAAACAGGAUUGAGCAUGCCAAAACUGCAAGGUCUCAAGAAAUUGAAGGAUACAAGCAAGAUUUAGAAAGCUCAGAAGAAAGCUUAAAUGAUUUACAAAGACAGCUAGACGACGCACUUACAAAAAUUGCAGCUCAGAAUAGCCAAAUUCGGGAGCUUUCUGACAGUUUAUCUGAGUCUGAGUACAAAAACAAAAGAAACAGCCCUCCGCCUAUAGAAGAACCUAAAGAGCGCAAGGAGCCAAAAGAAAGUUUUUAUGAAGCUCCCCAAGAUUCUACCUAUUAUUCCUAUUCCUCUACACUCCGAGGAUUUUCUUUACCUAUUAUAAACUAA